GCUCUCUCACGCUAUAACGCAUGCAAUAGCAAUACACGUACCACUCUCAAUGGCUUCUAUUUACCAUUUCACCAUUCUAGUCUCGCUUCUCUUGCUUUUCUCUCUUCCUAACCCUGCCAUCGCCACCGAACGCAAGCUCUCUCUCGUUAAACAACAGCCGGUUAUCCUCAAGUACCACAACGGCCCACUGCUGAAGGGAAAUAUCACCGUCAAUCUCCUAUGGUAUGGCAAGUUCUCUCCAAUCCAACGAUCCAUACUCGUGGACUUCGUGCUUUCUCUUAACGCCCGCAAAACCCCACAGCACCCCUCCGUCAAAUCCUGGUGGAGUGCCACUGGGCUGUACAAAGGAGGCCCAUGCACCCUCGCUCUAGGGAAACAAUUCCUCGACGAAAAAUACUCGCUCGGAAAAUCGCUAACAAACGAGCAAAUCGCCUACCUCGCUUCAAGAGCGGGGCACAAGAGCAAUUCGAUCAGCGUGGUGCUCACCUCGUCCGACGUGGCGGUCGAGGAGUUCUGCAUGAGUGAGUGCGGGACACACGGGCACGCGCGGUACAAGAAGGUUAAGUAUGCUUACGCUUGGGUGGGCAACCCGGCGACUCAGUGCCCCGGCCAAUGCGCGUGGCCGUUUCACCAGCCGAUAUACGGGCCGCAGACUCCGCCGUUGGUUGCACCAAACGGAGACGUCGGGAUUGACGGUAUGGUUAUCAAUCUGGGAACGGUGUUGGCGGGGGCGGUGACGAAUCCGUUUGAUAACGGGUACUAUCAGGGUCCGGCGGAGGGGUCGUUGGAGGCGGUGUCGGCGUGCGCAGGUUUAUUUGGGGAGGGGGCUUUUCCGGGAUAUCCGGGGAAGCUCUUGGUGGACAAAACGACGGGUGCGAGCUACAAUGCGGUUGGGGUAAACGGCCGAAAGUAUUUGCUGCCCGCAAUGUGGGACCCACAUUCCUCCAAGUGUAAAACAUUGGUCUGAGAUUAAAAAAAAAGAAAAAAAAAAAAAAAAAAGAAAAAGAGUGAGAGAUAAAAUAUUUAUAUAUACAAAAUGUAUGCGCUAUAGCAUUUUUAUUAUUAUUAUUAUUUUUUUUGUGUUUUCUCUGUUGUAGAGUUUUGCUCUACAACUAAUUAUAAGAUACCAAAAUAUGUAAAAGAAAAUUAUAAAUACUCAUACUUAUUUUUCUGAAUAA